AUGGAUUAUCAGCUGUGUGGAAGGUUUGAUAAAUUGAGUAAUUAUUUACCCGAUGAAUUAAGCAAAUCUACAAAUAAUGAUAUUAAUAGUUUAGGGAGUAUUAGGGAUUAUUGCUCUAAUGGAGAAUCCGAUGGAACAGGAUGUAAGACUGAUCACGAUAAAAUAAAUGGUGGAUGUCGAUGGUUGUUCGAGCAAAAUGUUGUUACUAGGAUUAAUGAUUUAAGUAAUGAACAACUUAAAGUGUUUAUUAUAUACAUUAUGAUAUGGUUAAAUUAUAUGAUAAACCUAAAGAAAGAUGGAAAAAUCAACAAUCUAAAUGAUUUUUAUACUAAUUAUAUAAAAAAUAAUAUGCAUUAUACUAAGUGUAAUAAAGGUAAUAAAGAUUGCAAUAUUACAUUAAAUGAUAAAACGGGAUAUAAUAAUUUUAAGAAAAUCAUAGAAGAAAACAAGUGUCUGAUGAAUAUUGAUAUUAAUGAUAUAUCUAAUUUUUAUGCUGCAUUUAAAUCAGUAUGUAACAUGUAUACUGAACUUGAUGCAAGCAAUCCAAAUUGCAAGGAUUAUUUAGAAAAAGCUCAAGAAUUUGUUAAAAAAUAUAAUGAACUUAAUGAAAAUUCUAAUAAUAUUGAUGGAAGUUCAUAUCGACAAAUAUUGUCUACUUUAUCAACUGAUUACAAUAAUUUUAAAAAUUAUUGUACUGAAAAUGGCGUUGAUUGUAACGAUAUUCCAUCCCUUUCACCGAUAAAAACAAAAGAAAAUGACUUACAAGGUUCUGAACAUAUUUCUGAAGUUACAUCAUCAAGUUCAUCGAUAGCAAGCAAAUUAAUUCCAGUUUUAUCGAUAUUUGGUGCAAUAGUAUUUUUUUUAGGAAUUUCUUAUAAGUAUUCGUUAUUUGGAUCUAGGAAACGAUCUCAAAAACAACAUUUAAGAGAAAAGCUAAAAAAAUAA